UUCUAGAGGCUGGACUUAUGUAUAUAAGCCUCAGGAGCCAGAUCUCUACAGUCGUAGUCACGAAUCGCAGCUAACACGUCUAGGUGAGUCUUUCGCGUUUAUAGAGAGUGUCUCACGUAAGGUGUUGGAUAACCAUGAAAGCUAUGCAUCAAGUAUUGAUCUGUAUUCUCAUCGUGGUGUCGAUCGUUUAUGUGAUCGCUCGACCCGAUGAAGAAAUCUUGUCCGCAUCAACUCUCCCUGGAGGAAAAUAUACGAGUAAAUAUGACAAUAUCAAUGUAGACGAAAUCUUGCAAAGCGAUCGUUUGUUAAAUAACUAUUUCAAGUGUUUGAUGGACCAAGGAAGAUGCACUCCUGAAGGAGCUGAACUGAAAAGAAUCUUGCCCGAUGCUUUGGCCACGGAGUGUCAAAAAUGUUCGGAGAAGCAGGCUGAAGUAAUCAAGAAGGUGAUCAAGUACCUGGUUAACAAUAAGCCGAAACUGUGGGAGGAUCUCGCGAACAAAUACGAUCCCGACAGGAAGUACCGAACGAAAUACGAGAAGGAAGCGGCAGAACUCGGCGUAAAUGUUAAUUAAACGCAAUUCGAUCGAUCGUGCGACAGGAAUGCAUAAAAUUCCAAAUUGUCACGAGCGAUUAAUAUUCUUCCCGGAAAUUAUUUACGCUUAAUGUAACGAUCGAAUGUUAGUAAUCGAUUGCGAUACUUGUGCGUGCGAAACCGCUAAUUAUCUCGACGCGGCUAAUAAUUAAAAUGGUUUUAUGAUUCAGUUGAAAUAAAAAUUGAUUUGAACAAACGUA